AUUAAAAUACAAAGAAUCAGUUUUCUGUAUUGGCGCGGGGCAGUUAGGCUGCGAAAGAAAAUGGAGAAUGCAAUGGCGGUGAUGUGGGAGAAUAUCACAGGAAAUCAUAGCACGCCUUUCAAAUCAAUUUUCCAGAGCAACAAGUCUUCCUCUUCCGAAGAUGUCGAUUCUCCCAACCUCAUUCCUCAGCUAUCGCCCCUUGCUAACUCCGUCGUCUCUCGCUGUUCCAAAAUUCUUCAAGUCUCCACAGAAGAAUUGCAACAUGGCUUUGACUCUGAGCUCCCAGUUGGUGUCAAAGAACUUCUGACUUAUGCUAGAAAUCUCUUAGAGUAUUGCUCCUAUAAAGCACUUGAAAAAAUUAGUCGAAGUCAAGAUUAUUUAAGUGACAAGGAAUUUCGUCGUUUGACCUAUGACAUGAUGCUCGCCUGGGAGGCACCCAACGUUGAAUGUGAUCCGCCACAACAUGACACUACUUCUUGCUUUAAGUCCGAAAUGGUGGAUGAAGAUGAGGGGUCCUUAUUUUAUUCAAGUUCCACAAAUAUGGCACUUCAGGUUGAUGCUGACAAGACAGUUGGUCCGGAAGCCUUUGCCCGUAUAACUCCUGCUUGUGUUCUUGUCGCUGAUAUAAUGACUGUCCACAAUCUUUUUGAUGCACUCACGAGUUCUUCAGGACACCGCCUUCAUUUUCUUGUUUAUGACAAAUACUUGAGGAGCAUUGAUAAAGUCAUAAAGAAUUCAAAACAUGUGAUAGACACUUCAACGGUGAAUCUUCAGCUUGCUGAUGGGGAGGUUGUCAUUGAUCUUGAUGGAACAAAUCCAACUCAACCAGUUCUGCAACACAUAGGGAUCUCUGCGUGGCCUGGACGAUUGAUCCUCACCAAUUAUGCUUUGUACUUCGAGCCUCUGGGAGUUGGGUUGCAUGAGAAAGGUGUUCGAUAUGAUUUAGAAAUGGAUAUGGAACAGGUCAUAAAGCCUGACUUGACCGGACCCCUUGGUGCUCGUCUUUUUGAUAAAGCUGUGAUGUACAAGUCAACUUCUGUAGCAGAGCCUGUUUAUUUCGAAUUCCCCGAAUUUAAUGCAAACUUGCGUCGUGACUACUGGUUGGAGAUUUGUCUUGAGAUCUUUCGUGCUCAUAAGUUUAUAAGGAAAUACAACCUUGAAGAGAUUCAGAAAUCAGAAGCACUAGCGAGGGCUAUUUUGGGGAUCUUCCGAUAUCGUGCAGUUAGAGAUGCUUUUCAAUAUUUCUCUUCUCACUAUAAAACUUUACUUGCAUUUAACCUCGCUGAAACUCUUCCUGGGGGAGAUGUCAUCCUGGAAACUCUGUCUAGUUAUUUGACUUCUGUUGCUGAUAAACAUGUUUCUGGUACCAUAGAUACUAAGAUGCAACAGGCGGUAUCCCUGGCAUCUGUUUUGACACUUGCUCGUCUUGGUUUCGUACCACUGAAGGAAGCUGAUAUUUAUGAAGAAGCAGCUGUUUAUGGUGAUGUUCGGGUCGGUGAGACAACUCAAUUGGAAGUGGCAGUGAAAAAAUCCCUUCUUGACACAGGAAGGGCGCAAGCUGCACAAGCAACAGUGGAGCAAGUGAAGGUUGAAGGCAUUGACGCAAAUGUUGCAGUAAUGAAGGAACUAUUAUUCCCCGUCAUUGAAGCUGCUGGUCGUCUGCGAUUUUUAGCCUCGUGGAAAGACUUCUAUAGAUCAGGAUCAUUUUUGUUACUCUCCUGUUACGUGAUUUUAUGGGGGUGGAUCCGGUACAUAUUGCCGUCGAUUUUAGUGUUCUUUGCAAGUCUGAUGCUCUGGCGUAGGCAUUUCAACAGUGGAAGACAAAUAGGAGCUUUUACAGUAACUUCUCCCCCAAAUCGAAAUGCAGUAGAACAACUAUUACAAUUACAGGAAGCCAUCGCCCAAGCUGAAUCACUUGUUCAAGCUGGAAAUAUUACUCUCCUGAAAAUAAGAGCUCUGCUACUCGCUUUAUUACCGCAAGCUACGGAGAAGGUUGCAUUGUUGCUGGUUUUCAUGGCUGCAGCGAUAGCUUUUAUUCCUCUCAGACACAUAAUUUUGGUGGUGUUUGUAGAGUUAUACACGAGGGAGAUGCCUUGUAGGAAACAAAGUAGUGAGAGGUGGAUCAGGCGGGUUAAAGAAUGGUGGGUAAGGAUACCAGCAGCUCCUGUCCAGCUUAUUAAGCCUGAUGACAGCAAGAAAGUUAAAUGAUAAAUGUUUUCAUGUAUUAUAUGAAUUCUAGUUUUAAAAUGUGCUUGUAUUCUUUUGUUCUUAAAUUUUUAAAGUGUUCAUUCUAGGCAGCAGCUUUGCUCACAUAUGCCUUCUGUGCUUCCCCUUUUCCUCCUUCAUGUUAUAGGAUACGGGGCCUGAGUGUUGGGUUGACACUUGACAAUUCGACUCUUUCAAUUUGACUGAUGUUUUACACUGCCAAUAAAG